AUGCCUGGUUAUAUUCAUCAAAAGGGUAAAGUUGGUAUUAUUUCAAGGUCCGGCACUUUGACUUAUGAAGCAGUGGCUCAAACUACCAAUGUUGGACUAGGUCAGUCUACUUGCAUUGGUAUUGGGGGAGAUCCAGUAAAUGGUACGGAUUUUGUUGAUUCUAUUGAAAUGUUUUUACAAGAUGAUGAUACAGAGGCAAUUAUCAUGAUUGGUGAAAUAGGCGGAGACGCUGAGGAAAAAGCAGCUGAGUUCAUAAAAAGCUCUAAAAUAAAAAAACCAAUAGUUAGUUUCAUUGCUGGUAUCACUGCUCCGGAGGGUAAAAGAAUGGGGCACGCUGGAGCAAUUAUUUCUAAUGGACAAGGCUCAGCUGAAAAUAAAUUAGAAGCCCUGCAAAGUGCAGGAAUAGAUCGUUUUGAUGAUUUAUUCACAGGAGAUCCUAUCGAUAUAGAAAGCAAUAUGUCUGCGUUGCUGCCAGAAGCAGAAAAACGUUCUGAUAAAUCUGUGUAUUUACAAAUUUUAUCUCAAAUUGCUUUAGCUCAGGCAAUGCAGCAAAAAUUUGAUAUAGCCCAUAAAACAUUAGAUCAAGCUGAAAACCGUGAGUUUGAUUUCCAUACUGUUAAUGCAAGUCAUAUGAUCGCCAUUGUAGAGAAAAAUAUAGAAAAUAAAAUUCAAUGGAACAAACUGGCGAUUAAUUUGGCUGAAAACACAAAUGACGAACGCUGUCAUGCAUGGAUCGGUCCUAUCUAUAAUAAUUUAGCGCAGAAUUAUAUAGAAGCAGAAAGAUAUCUGGAAGCAUUACAAUCUUUUGAAGAAUGUAAGACAUAUGCCGAAGAACGCGGAGAUUACAUAGUGAUGCGUGGCGCUAUUUGGGGCAUU